AUGGCUGAAAGUUGUGUUUCAUCAGAUCAGUCUCAAAAUAUACCUUUGCAAGAAGCAUAUUCGAAUAAUAAUCAUAACGAUAAUAAUAAUAAUAGAAAGCAAAAACGUCGACCAGUACAAACAAGCUCACAAGACGUUCGUUAUAAUCAUCGUUCAUAUCUACAACAACAACAACAACAACAACAAUGGUAUCCACGUCACAUGUAUUAUGAUGAAUAUUAUUAUGGACCGCCACCUUCACGCGGAGGACAUUACAGUCAUAAUCAUCAACAACAACAACGACGAGCACAAUUUCGUCAUGGGUCAUCAUCUGUGCAAGCAAAUCAACAAGUAACUAAUCGUCCAAAUAGUAAUUCAUCAGUACGAUCCACAAGUGAAGCUGAAAAUCUUCGUUCAACAUUAACUGAACAAUUAUUUGAAAAUAUUUAUGAAUGUAUGAUUUGUAUUAUCAAAAUUGAACGAGAUCAAGAAAUAUGGUCAUGUGAUAUAUGUUAUAAAAUGUUUCAUUUAAAUUGUAUUAAAAAAUGGGCUAGUUCAGAAGAAAGUGGUACAGAUAAAAAUUGGCGUUGUCCAGGUUGUCAAUAUUCUUAUUCAACAAAUCCAGUUUAUAGAUGUUUUUGUCAUAAACGUAUUAAUCCAGCAUUUCAACCUGGUGAAAUUCCUCAUUCAUGUGGUGAAAGAUGUGAUAAACGUUUGAAUACGAAAGCUAAUGAUUGUCAUCAUCAUUGUUCAGAACUUUGUCAUCCUGGUCCUUGUCCAACAUGUACAAUAAUGAUAAAACGUUCUUGUUUAUGUGGACGUGAAUCUCGUACUGUUAUGUGUAGCUCAAGUUCCAUAAUUAAAUGUGAAAACAAAUGUGGUAAACUUAAAUCAUGUCAACAUCAUACUUGUGAUUUGAUUUGUCAUCCACGAGAAUGUGCAGAAUGUGAUCAAUUAAUAAAACAAAUAUGUUAUUCACAUGGAACUGAAAGAGAAGUUUUAUGUAGUAUUGAAACUGGUAAUACAAAAACCUAUACAUGUGGUGAACCAUGUGGAAAAUUACUUUCAUGUGGUCAUCAUAAAUGCACAAAAACAUGUCAUACUGGACCAUGUCCAGAUUGUUUAUUAUUACCAGAAAAUUGUAAAACAUGUGCUUGUGGAAAAACAAAUAUGGAUAAUCAACAACGAACAUCAUGUCUUGAUUCUUUACCAACUUGUGAAAAAAUAUGUGAAAAAAUUUUAUCAUGUGGUCCUAUUGAUGAUCAUCAUCGAUGUUCAGCUCAAUGUCAUAAUGGUCCAUGCCCACCAUGCAAUAAACAAUCUAUUCUACAAUGUCGUUGUAGACAAUCAAGUAAAUCAGCAUCAUGCACAGAAGUAAUACAAUAUGAUCCAAUAAAAAAUCCUUAUUGUUGUGAACGACGAUGUAAUAAAAAAAAAAUAUGUGGAAAACAUCGAUGUAAUGAAUUAUGUUGUGAUCGUGAUAUACAUGUUUGUGAAAUAAUCUGUGGUAAAACACUUAAUUGUGGUAUACAUAAAUGUGAAGAAUUAUGCCAUAAAAAUUUUUGUCGUAAAUGUCCAAUUAAUAGUUAUGAUGAAUUAACAUGUCGUUGUGGUCAAACUGUUCUUCAACCACCUAUUGAAUGUGGUACUAAACCUCCAAUGUGUAAUUAUAAAUGUAAUCGAACACAUGCAUGUGAUCAUCCUGUUUAUCAUAGUUGUCAUAAUGAGGAUGAAUGUCCACCUUGUACACAUCUUGUUUCAAAAAUGUGUGUUGGUGAACAUGUAUUACGUAAUAAUGUUCCUUGUUAUUUAAAAGAAGUCUUAUGUGGACAACCAUGUGGUCAACUACUUUCAUGUGGUAUUCAUACAUGUCAACGUUCAUGUCAUUUAGGUCCAUGUCAAUCAAAUGAUCAAAAAUGUACACAACGAUGUACUAUAAAACGACGUGAAUGUGGUCAUCCAUGUAAUGUUUUAUGUCACGGACAUGAACCAUGUCCAAUAACAACAUGUCGAGAAGUAAUUAAACUUCAUUGUCCAUGUGGUCGUUUAGUAAAAGAUGUUGUUUGUAAUGUAAAACCAAGUGAAUCUAGUGGAGUAAAAGAUGAUAUUGAUUUAACUCAAUCACUUGUUCAAGCAUUAUCAGUUCGAACAAUUGAUUUAUCAUUUGCACGUAAACAACAACAGCAACAACAACAACAACAACAAUUAGAAUGUGAUGAUGAAUGUCGUAUAAUACAACGAAAUAAAAAUUUAGCUCAAGCUUUAUCAAUUAAUCUUGAAGAACCAAGAUCAUCACCAAUUGUUUAUACGGAUUUUUUACGUGAUUAUGCAAAAAAACACUUAGAAUUUGUUCAAACAAUUGAAAAACAAUUUUCACAACUUGUUGAAGAAACUCAACGUCAUCGUGUUUCAAAACGAUGUUAUUCAUUUAAACCAAUGAAAAUUAAUGAACGUCAUGUAAUUCAUGAAUUAGGUUCGUUUUAUGGUCUUGAAACACAAGCUAUGGAUCCAGAACCAAAUCGUAAUGUUGUCGCUUAUGCAUCUUAUGGCAUGUGUAAAAUCCCAUCGGUUACAUUAAGUGAAACGAUUCGACGAGAAAAACUCAAAGUACCACCUCCAGCACCAUUGACAUAA